AUGCAUGAGGCAAUUGGCCAAAGGCCGUCGGUCAGACCAGUCAGCCUCUACUCCUCAGGUCCAAGCGGUGCAGUGUUGAACCUCAGAAAGACUGCAGAUGAAGAGGGAACAGCAUCUGGGUCAGCUGCAGGAACACACAGCUCAGAGGGUAGCUCAGCAGAAAGUUCCCCAGGAAUUCCUCUGCAGAUGCCAGGGAAAAAACGCAAGUGUGAUGGGAGUGCAACAGAGGCGGUUAGAGAAUCGUGCAACAACAUGGAGAAGAGGCAGGAGGAAGAAAAUGCCCGUGACACAGCCUGGCUGAACCACUUCCAGCAACAAAUGGACAAGAUGCUUGAUCUGGUUGGCAGACUUGUUGACGACCUUACCAAGUGA